CUUCAGACCUUCACGUAUCCACACGGAGUUUAAGAUAAUUUACCAAGAGUUUAAACAACCAUAAUAUCGUCACAGAUUUGAUUAAUUCAAACUAAUCUGACAAGAUUACUGAAAACAAAAGAAGCUAGUCACAAGUUAGACAUUUCCGCCCCCUUCAGUGUUAGCCACGUCCCUUGAAUCUGAUUGGCUGUUCGCUCUAAACAUAGUCACUUGACAAACAGUCCAACAACAGAAGCAGGAAGAACAUAAACGGGUCCAGGAUGACAGCAGUCCUCCUGUGUUUCCUGCUGGCUGGUCCAGUGCUGCUGGUUGCUGGCAGCCCAGUUUAUGACGCCAACAAUGAGACCGUACCACUGGUGCUGUGGCAUGGGAUGGGUGACAGCUGUUGUAACCCACUCAGCAUGGGGGCGAUAAAGAAGAUGAUUGAGGAGGAGAUCUCUGGUAUUUACGUGCUCUCGCUGAUGAUUGGAAAGAAUGUCAUUCAGGACACAGAAAAUGGUUUUUUCAUGGAUGUGAAUGAGCAGGUGUCCAUGGUUUGCAGUCAGCUGGCUCAGGACCCAAAGUUGAAGGGAGGAUACAAUGCUAUGGGCUUCUCCCAGGGGGGACAGUUUCUGAGAGCUGUGGCUCAGCGCUGUCCCUCUCCACCAAUGAAAACACUGAUUUCCGUCGGGGGCCAGCACCAAGGAGUGUACGGGCUGCCCAGGUGUCCCGGAGAGAGCUCCCACAUCUGUGACAUGAUACGCAAAGCUCUGAACAACGGAGCUUACACCGACCUGGUUCAAAAACACCUGGUGCAGGCCCAGUACUGGCACGACCCCUUUAAUGACGACCUGUACAAGAAGCACAGUCUCUUCCUGGCUGACAUCAAUCAGGAGAGGGCUGUAAAUGAGACGUAUAGGAAGAAUCUUCAGUUGCUGGAGAAGUUCGUCAUGGUGAAGUUCCUGCAGGACACUGUAGUUGAUCCUGUUGAUACAGAGUGGUUCGGCUUCCUGAAAAUGGGCCAGGCCAAAGAGACUGAAACUCUACAGGAGAGCGUUCUUUACAAAGAGGAUCGUCUGGGCCUGGCAGCGAUGGACAAAGCUGGAAAGCUGGCUUUUCUGGCAACCAAGGGAGACCACCUGCAGUUCACCAGAGAGUGGUUCAAUGCAAACCUGCUGCCUUAUUUACACUGAAACACUUCCAGUCAUCCCAGAGUAAAUAUAAUAUCAGACAACUAUUUUGUUUUAAGAGCAAUAUAAUGAAAGUUAAGUAAAAGCUUAAUAACCUGAGCAGGGGUUGCAGAAAGCACAUAAUUCCUUUUGCACUGAUUACUUGUAGCAUGUUGAUAUUGUGUUGUUAAUUUUAGCAUCUGUGUUUUAAGUCUACUACUGAAUAACUAACAACUUGUUCUGAUGAGGUCAAAUUCUUUUUUAAAAUAAAUUCUAAGCCUAACGUACAUCAUUUUACUGCCUCUGUACAGAAUACAUGUUUAAUCCAAUAAAGACAAACAGACAUUUUAUUGCAACAUGUUUUAAUGAUGUCUCCAGUACUAAUGAGCAGAAUUCUGAUUUUUUUGGACCCAAAGAAAUAGAGGUAAAAAGG